UCUGCAAGUCGUCCGAUGCCGGUGAAAAAUGGCACCUCUUCUCUCCUACAUAGUUUUAAUUGGCGUAGCUUCCGUGGCUCAUGCUGCCCCGGUAUCGGACCCCACGUUCGGAAGCUACGGGAUCCGCUUAAGAAAUCCAGAUCCUACAAAUAAUCGCCAAAGCCAGUUCGGCUAUCCACCUGUCCCGCUGAUUAUUCCUUUCCAGCAACAGCCCUGGAUCCCACCGUUUCGUCCCAUCAACCGCCCAUCCAUCCCGCCAUUAUGCCGACCUUGUUACAAUUCACAACCAAUUGUCGGAAGGCUUUCUACUCACCAAAAUGUCGACGACACCGUGCAAAAACAAUCAGGAAUGAUUGAAGAUUGGCUUAAUUGGUGGCCUAGUUUGCUCCAGCCACCGCCCAUUUGGAGCGUUUGCUGUCCCAGACCAACAACUGUCAAACCUCUGCCAUCAACUACUAGUGCAACUGCAGUGACAACGUCUAAACCGGCUCUUCUUAGAGUCGGCCCUAAUCCAAUGAUUUGUUUGCCGUGCAAUGCGCAAUCAAUGAAUUCAGAGGGCGUCCGCAAUCUCGCUGUUCUUCCUCUGUUUUCUGUUAACGCAAGUGAGCCCAACUCGACAGAUGUUCCAAGCGGCUUUUUAAAUUGGUUCGCCAAUCCUUUAGGCAACAUUUGGAGAGAGAUUUGCUGUCCUGUUACAACAACCGGCAGACCAGACGUAACUACAUUAAUCACUAACGCAAUUCCCGAGACAACAACAACGCCCUUAAAUGCAAUAAUGUGCACUGGCUCAGAUGAUGAAGCUUCUGGUUGUUCCAAAUCAAUUUUCCAUCUGAGAACGACUGAGGCGCCAACAACUCCACCAACCACUUCUGCCAAAACGACGACUUCUACAGAACCAAUCACUGCCAAUCCAACAACUACUGCCAGGCCAAAAAGCACCUCUUUACGGCCAAGUACAACUUCCAUUCGCCCAUUGAAUAUUUUAAGAACAACCUUCGCUCGACCCUCCUCUACUCGGCCAAGAAUUUCUGCCAAGCCAACCCCUGCCAAGUUAAUCGAUCGACACUUUAGAAACAACUCGCCCGACCACUACUUCCCUGCCCACGACAUCGACUACCACGUCCCCACGACCGCAGACAACAACGAAUGUUCCAGCAGAAAUUACGAGUGAAACAGCAACUACCAUUUCAAGUUCAACCGCAACGACAGGACCCAUCCCUGACGCAAUUUUCGAACUUAACCAAAGGACCCAACUGCCAAACUUUUAUCCAAGAUGGAAUUCCCGUUGAAAUCUGUGUCAACACCACCCCAACAACUACGGAGAUUGAAUUUUCAACAGAAACUAGCACUUCAACUACUGCCCUGACAACUGAAAUCCCGUCAACAGGCAUUCCAACAACUCCACAAGCCGAGACGACAACAACAGAUCCAGCCGUCACAACUGAAUCCGCACGAACAACGACUGCCACUGCAUCAACGGAGAAUCCAACUGCCAUUUCAACAACUGCCCAAACUACUUCAACAACAGCGCAAAAUAUCGCAAAUAGUGCAACAGCCGAAACUGCCUCAAAAACAACUACUCCAACGACAGAAACAUCAUUGCCGACAACCGAAAUCGUUCCAACAACUGCCGAAACCACUGCUGCUAGUGCAACAACAGCAACUACGGAAGCCGCCCAAACGACGACAGAAAUCCUUCAAAUUGCGACCGAAUCCGUUCAGAGAACAACCCCAAUCUCUUCAAUAACAAGUGCAACUACUGAAAUCACUGCCACAAGUGCAACAACUUCACCAGCUGAUGCUCUUUCAACAACAACCGAAGCUGCCGAAACUACAAUUACUAGUGCAACAUCUUCACUCACUGCCGCUAGUGCAACAACUAUCGUAGCUGAGACAUCUUUAGCAACAACUACAUCAACAACCAAAGACGUGCCAACAACAACCGAAACCAUUCCCAUUUCAACUGCCGAAUUUGCCUCAGCAAUCACUGCCGAAACCACUGCCACAAGUGCAACAAUUUCUCCAGCUGAGGCUCCAGUAACUGCCCAAACUACCGCCUGUUAGUGCAACAACUUCAACAACUACAAGAUCCACUUCAACAACGAUUGAAAGCAAUCCAACGACAAUAGAAACAAAUGCAACAACUGUUCAAGUUUCAACAACAAUAGAAAGUAUACCGACGCAAACGGUUGGGGCAUC